AUGGCCCAUGCAGAGCUUGACCGUCUGCAAGCAUGUUUGAACUUCGCACUUGACACACUCCGCAAGGAGAUGGACAACUCUCAGCUUCCUCCCCUGAGUCAACACAGCUCAGUAGAACACCCGUUGGACGACUCAACAACAUACCUACCUAGUACGGGGUUGUUUGAAGCUCGCCGUCUCUCUUUAGCAUGUCUGGGAGAGCUAAAGAACCUCAUCCAGUCGCCUUUGGAUAAGUGCAUGGAAGAGAGGUUUACAGUAUAUGGUGUUGCCUGCACUGACACCCUCAUCAAAACUGGCAUCAUCGACUACUUGUCCGAUGUGCCAAAUCCCUCCCAAGGUGUCCCGGCCGCUGAACUGGCCUCGAAGUUUGAACUUGAUUCUCAAAAACUCGUUCCCAUUCUCCGCUGCUGUGCAGCCAGCGGUUGGGUCAGGGAGACUCGUGAUUCUUCAUUUGCUUUGAACAGAUGCUCGCGCACUUUCAUUGAAGGCAACGCUGGUCGGAAACUAAACUUUUCUAUGCCUGGUUUUAUGUCGAUGAUCGAAACUAUACCACACUGGGUGGCGGAAUCUGAUUGGAAACUAUCGCGUUCUCCAGAGCAGACCGCUUUUCAAAUCGCGUUCAACACACCCUUAUUGGCAUUCUCUUGGAUUGUGGAAAACCCAGAUGUCCUCGUUCCAAUCGCGGAUCAUCUCCAAGUCUAUGGUGACAUGUCUACGCCGAGUGUCGUGGCGGACUACCCAUGGGAACAGUUGCAAACCCCCGUCAUCGUUGAUUGUGGAGGGGGCGAGGGCGGUCUAAUUUCGGCCAUUCUAGAUGCGCACCCUUCCUUCCGAGCCAUCGUGCAAGACAUGGAGAAUGUAGUCCCAUUGACAAGUUCGAUUAUGGAAGAACGCCGCCCUCGUGACAUUGAAAAUGGUGUAAUCAAGGUGGAAGCCCACGACUUUUUCCAGCCUCAGCCUCGGAUUGGAAACGAGUAUAGCUUUAUCUUGCGUCAUAUAAUGCAUGAUUGGCCAGACAAAGAAGCGGCAACGAUACUGGGAAAUGUAGCCCGCGCACUGGGUCCUAAGUCCAAGAUACUCAUCGUCGACAUGGUAGCUGUUCCGAAUGUGGAUUCGACUGCUACAACGAGCGUCAAAUCCUUGAUGCUUGAUGGUGGAGCUAAAGGUCCUGACUACAGGAUUCCAUCGCACUUUGGUUCAGCGUCUAGAAUCGUAAGCGGCUCUUCUGUGCACAUGCUGACCAUGAUAAACGGUUGUGAGAGGUCUUUGCGUGAGUGGGAGAAACUAGUGAAGGGGUGCGGGCUCCGUAUCACGAACAUUUACCCGCUGCGAGCUCACACUUCCAUCAUCGAAUGUGCACUUGAUACACGAGCAUUGCUGUAA